GUGAUUUUAGUGAAUGUCACUUUUUGACAUUUUCAAAUUUCCCGCCAGUUCCGUCCCCCGUACGUCCCGACGUCACAGGGGACGGAACCCAGAUGACAGAUGCCGGCAUCCACCGGAGGACAUUACAGGGGACACUGCAGGAGGGACAUCGCAGGAGCGCAGGACAAGGUAAGAGAAGAACAGAUCCCGGAGAAGCGCCGCAUGGUAAGCCCGAGUGUAGCUCGUGGUUACCGCUUGUGGUGCUGAAACUUUACCCCGAGCUACACUCAGGAAUACCGCUAGGGAGGCAGAUACUCAAAAACAUUGGAGGUUAUUUAUUAAAGCUGGAGAGUGCAAAAUCUGGUGCACAGAAACCAAUCAGCUUCCAGGUUUUAUUGUCAAAGCCUAAUCGAACAAGCUGAGGUUAGAGGUGAUUGGUUACCAU